AUGAACUCUUUGGCGUGUUUCAUCGCGGUUUUGACGAUCGCUCUGAGUUCGGGUCUGCCCAGACAGCAGAUAGAACCCAUCUCUUACAGACCGAGCGGCUAUGACCAGUACACUCCUUCCCAAGACACAAACCAGGGCCAGGGAUACCCUCAAGGAGGACCAGUCGACGUGCAGGACAGAGACCCCAUUGACAGCCAGCAGCCGACCUAUCCCGACUAUCAGAAACCCGUUUAUCCGGAUUACCAAAAGCCAUCCUACCCCGAUUAUCAGAAGCCGUCCUACCCUGACUACCAGAAACCAUCCUACCCUGACUACCAGAAACCAUCCUACCCUGACUACCACAAGCCAUCCUACCCUGAUUACCAUCAGCCACAACAACCACAACAACCACAGCAACCACACUACCCCCUGCCCCCCUCCCAGCAGAGCCCACCCCCUCCCCCACCAGUCUACGACCACAACGACAAGUACGACAGCCACCACUCUCACAACUAUGACUACCAGCGAUACUACAAGCUCGAUACUUGCGAGUAUCGCUUUAUCCUGGAUAUGGUUCAAUGUCACGAGAGCAUCGUCAUCCAGAAAGGUGAAGGUCAAGGCCACGGAUCCGAGAAGCACGAAGACAACUACAACAACAACGACUACAACAACGACUACAACAACGAAUAUCACAACGGUUACGACAACGACCACGACAACUCCAAAGCUGGAUUCGAUCUGCCAAACCCCGACUUCCCUAGCGCAGGCUACAUUCCUUACAAACCCAACUACGCCAACUACCUGAGAAAUUACUACAAAUCCGCCUACGAAUCUCGCUCCCGAUACAACCAGCACCAAGGAGAGUACAAGCUGUACAGGAACGAAUACGAGCGUCCCGACUACUCCCCACGAUACGUCUCUCACCCCAGCCCCUUCCCUCUCCGUAACCCAUACCGUCUGCCAUCCAGGUGA